CGGCGCGCCGUCAUCAUGACGCGGCAUCUGUCCGACCGUCCGUCUGUUGCGGGCGCGGCGUGUCCGGCCCGGGGUCGCGGUCCGCCGGGGAGGGGCGGGCGGGGGCGGAGACUGGGCGGGCGGGGCGGGCGGGGGCGCCGCCGGGGGGGCGUGUGCGGGGGGCAGCGCCGCUAUCACAGUCGCUCAGCUGCGCCCCGGAACCGCGGCCGCCUCCAGCUCCCGCCCGGCCGCAGUGUCUGCCCGCCACCCACCGUGACCCUGCCAGCCAUGAGGCCCCCCCUGGGCGCCCUGCUCCUGGCUCUGCUCCUGGGAGCUGGCACAGGGGCCAGGGGCCUGGAGGACCCCGAGCUGCUGGUCACGGUGCGUGGGGGCCAGCUGCGGGGCACCCGCCUCAUGACCCCCGGGGGCCCUGUCUCUGCCUUCCUGGGGAUCCCCUUCGCUGAGCCGCCAGUGGGCCCCCGGCGCUUCCUGCCCCCGGAGCCCAAGCGGCCCUGGGCGGGGGUGCUGGAUGCCACGGCCUUCCAGAAGGUCUGUUACCAGUAUGUGGACACCCUGUACCCUGGCUUCGAGGGUGCGGAGAUGUGGAACCCCAACCGGGAGCUGAGCGAGGACUGCCUGUACCUCAACGUGUGGACACCACACCCACGGCCCCGGGCCCCCGCGCCAGUGCUGGUGUGGAUCUACGGGGGCGGCUUCUAUAGCGGGGCCUCCUCCCUGGACGUGUACGACGGCCGCUUCCUGGCGCAGACCCAGGGCGCCGUGCUCGUGUCCAUGAACUACCGCGUCGGGGCCUUCGGCUUCCUGGUUCUGCCAGGCAGCCGCGAGGCCCCAGGCAACGUGGGGCUGCUGGACCAGAGGCUGGCCCUGCAGUGGGUGCAGGACAAUGUGGUGGCCUUCGGGGGGGACCCCACCUCUGUUACACUGUUCGGGGAGAGCGCCGGUGCCGCCUCGGUGGGCCUGCACCUGCUGUCGGCGCCCAGCCGAGGACUGUUCCGCCGGGCGGUGCUGCAGAGCGGAGCCCCCGGGGCGCCCUGGGCCACAGUGGGUCUGGGGGAGGCCCGGCGCAGGGCCACACUGCUGGCCCGCCUGGUGGGCUGUCCCCCGGGGGGUGCGGGGGCCAACGACACGGAGCUGGCAGCUUGCCUGCGGGCGCGGCCGGCACGGGACCUGGUGGACCACGAGUGGCACGUGCUGCCCCAGGAGAGUGUCUUCCGCUUCUCGUUCGUGCCCGUGGUGGACGGGGACUUCCUCAGCGACACGCCCGAGGCCCUGGUGGAGGCCGGCGACUUCAGAGGCCUGCAGGUGCUGGUGGGCGUGGUGAAGGACGAGGGCUCCUACUUCCUGAUCUACGGGGCCCCCGGCUUCAGCAAGGACAACGAGUCUCUCAUCAGCCGGCCACAGUUCCUGUCCGGGGUGCGGGUAGGGGUGCCCCAGGCAAGUGACCUUGCCGCGGAGGCUGUGGUCCUGCAGUACACAGACUGGCUGCACCCCGAGGACCCCAGGCUCUUGCGGGACGCCAUGAGCGAGGUGGUGGGCGACCACAACGUCGUGUGUCCUGUGGCCCAGCUGGCCGGGCGGCUGGCCGCCAGGGGCGCCCAGGUGUACGCCUACCACUUCGAGCACCGUGCGUCCACACUGCCCUGGCCCCAGUGGAUGGGGGUGCCCCACGGGUACGAGAUCGAGUUCGUCUUCGGGCUGCCCCUGGACCCCAGGCUGAACUACACGCUGGAGGAGAGGGCCUUCACCCAGCGCGUGAUGAGAUACUGGACCAACUUCGCCCGCACGGGGAACCCCACAAACCCUCCGGACCCCAAGGGCCCGCAGUGGCCACGGUACUCAGCCGAGGCACAGCAGUACGUGAGCCUGAACCUGCAGCCCCUGGAGGUGCGGCGCGGGCUUCACGCCCAGGCCUGCGCCUUCUGGAACCGCUUCCUGCCCAAGCUGCUCAGCGCCACCGACACCCUGGACGAGGCGGAGCGCCAGUGGAAGGCGGAGUUCCACCGCUGGAGCUCCUACAUGGUGCACUGGAAGAACCAGUUCGACCAUUACAGCAAGCAGGACCGCUGCUCGGACCUGUGAGGCCGCUCCCUCCCUGCCCUGGGGGGCACAGCCGGCCCCGCCCCGGGCUCCGCCAUCUGCAUGCCUCGGCGAGCCCCUCCCGCGGUGCCUUCGCCCCUCCGGGCUGCCAAUAAACUGUUACAGCCAA